AUGACCGCGGGCCCGCCCGCUCAGCACGGCCACGCCGACGGAGACAAGAUCCCCAUGGCCAACGCCGUGCCCGAAAGCGGCCUCGAAGUCGUCCCCGAAUCGUCGCCCUACUUUCAAAAAUCAGCCUCUCUCUCCCCGUACGGCGGAGCGCCCAACUCGGCCGGCCAGGGGAAGGAAGAGAGAAAAUUCUGCGGACUGCGACGGACGACGUUUAUCCUCUUCGUGCUGCUGGUGCUGGUAACCGUCAUCGCGGCGAUUGGUGGGGGCGUGGGUGGCUCGCUUGCGGUGAAGAACGCCUAUGACCGAGGACGUGUAGAUGCUGCCGCUCAGCUUGACGGCGACUCAUCCGCCGACCCGGUCACGUCAGGCGAGGGUUUCCUCGACCUCCCGCCAACCAUCGGCCGCGUUCCCGUCGAUUGCCCGAACCUCGACGCCACCACGCACAAGGUCACGCCCCAAUCCAAGACGUACACGUUCAAGACGACGUGCGGGGGCGACUCGGACCCCGGCGAGGGCGACCUGAACAUUCUUGCCUUCUUGUCGUACCGCCUCUCCGACUGCCUGCGCGCGUGCGCUUCGUUCAACGAGCGAGGGAAUGCGCCCAACACCACGUGCCGCGGGGUGCAUUUCCACGCGAAUCUGCAAUACGUCGACGACAAGGGUGGCAACUGCUGGUUGAAGAAAUCGGUGGGUAGGGUGACGAGGGAUACGGGUAGCAGCAAGAACGCUCACGUCUUUGCGGAGUUGGUAUGUAUCGGAUUCGAGGCAAUCAAGCAUCUCGUCACGCAAACUAAGCAGCCCUACAAGGUCUUGCUCGGAGCUCGCAAUGCCGAAGCUGCCAAGAGUGCUUACGACGCUGUCGAUUUCGACAAGACAAAGCAUAGCAUCUCCGUCUUGCCUUUAGAGCUGAGCGACCUCAAGAGCGUCAAGACUUUUGCGGCCCAGGCCUUGGAGGCCCUCGGGGGCGAGUCUUUGGACUACUUGCUCCUCAACGCGGCCCUGGGCCCGGGAGGCGAGAGCUCGAAGCCGACAGGUUCGAAGUGGCGCGAGAUUCAAGUUGUGAACGCCAUCUCCCAGCAUUAUCUAACCCACCUCCUCGAGGAUAAACUCGUCUCCUCCAAGUCCCGGAUCGUUUUCGUGUCUUCGGGAGGCAUUCGAGGGGUCACAGAUCCGAGAGGGGAGAAUGUUGUUCGGGCUCUGUUCCGCGACGACCUACCCGAAGACCCGGAUCAGAUCUUCUUGACGAGUUGGGGCGAGUGGUGGUCAAAGGAUGUGUUUGCGCUUUCGCUCGACAAGGACCUGCAGGAUAAGUGGUCGCCAAGUAAGGAGCAAAUCGAACAAGAGGAAGGAGUGGCGUAA